CAUGGUUCUCCUCAGUAGCAAAAUAACGAUUUUACGUCUCAGCAAACGUGUUACAGUCUGGUGCGAUGUCCCAAGAUGUCUUUUGUCUGUUCAAAAGUGCUGGAGGGGAGAAUGCAACGUUCCCAAUCGCCAUCAAAGAGUAUCAGCGAUAUCUAUUUGGAGACGACAAAUUAGCGCACCGUUUCGGCACAGACCUCGCUAAAGCCUUUGUUGCCCAUGGCCCUGGGUUUGGCGCCAGGAAGACCACAAGCUACGUUCAUAGCCCUAUAGGCGACAUCGUUGUUGCCGUUAUAUCCGGAUACGUCCCCACGGCCACCCACAACUUACGCAAUCACUUCGUCGCUUGCCUCAAUCGGCACCUCGUCUCAAUAAACGCAAGGCCCGCGGUCAAGAUCGAUAUCAAUAGAGUGGAGAAAGGGUUACAGGCCCGGAACGGUCCGUCGCCAUCCCCUCAGGAAGCGUAUCAUAUCGAUCGUGAGCGCCUCGAGGGACGGGCGGUCAUCAUUUUGGGCGAUCUGCGCAAGAGUCCAGACCACGAAAAUCAAGUCAGACAGUCACUUCGUGGCUUGGAAGUUGACAGUCCAAUCGUCUUCGUCUACCUAUCCUCUCUGUCGGAACACGCUCAUCCCAACGCUGUUUCGCCUCUGCUGGAAUUUGUAGUUAGUCCAUCGAUCAAAGACGUCGAGGUCAUCGUACAGACGGAUCAGUUUGUCCUCAAUGAAUGCUUUGUUCUGUUUGUGUUGGGGCGGGAUCAUGGUGAAUUUUGCCAGUUCAUGAGACGACAAGACGACGGCUUUGCAAGAUUGUUACUAGACUAUGCGAUCGGAGGGCAGUACUACGAGAAAGAGCUUUAUCAGCAGAACGUCAAAUUCUUACAUUGGGAGGUUGGGACAAGAGAGAGCGUUUGAGUAGGAGGGCGAGGAAAACGUGUGUGGAGAGUUACUCCUUGAUUCAGCUUUCUCAUUCGUACAACAAGAAACGGUUUGCCGUGCGGCAUCCUAUUAGUCCACAUAGUAGAAGAUCUUAUCCAUGCGAUACAGAGUAGCUCAUGCCAUGUCAACCUUUGCGGC